AUGGCCUACGUAACAAGUGGUACAUCAUCCCCCUUGCGGUUCUUGGUGCAAAAGAAAAUUCAGAUUAGGCUCGGACCUCCAGUAUGCUACCGCCUACCAACAGAGAAGAAAUACCUGGAUGAGAAUCCAAUGGUCCAAAGAUGGAGAUUUGGCGAGAGAGACCCAAGGAAAAUGAACAAGACCAUUCUGCUGGUGGGGGAGACUGGCACAGGCAAAACCAGCAUCAUUAACACUUUGGUCAAUUACCUCCUGGGCAUUAAGUGGGAGGACAAAGUCUGGUUUGACAUCACAGAGGAGGUGGAGGUGAAGCUGUCCGAAACCAAAACGACCAACAUCACCGUUUACGAGGUCUUCGUGGAGGAGAACCCCAUCUGCCUGACCAUCAUUGACACACCUGGGUAUGGCUAUACCAGAGGGAUGGAGUAUGACCUACUGAUCGCUGAGAACCUGAACAAGCUGUUCCGAUCGGAGGACGAGGUGCGAGGGAUCGACGCCAUAGGGCUCGUGGUGAAGGCGACUCAGAACCGACUCACCGCCUCGCAGCGCUACAUCUUCGACGCGAUUCUGUCGCUGUUCGGGAAAGACUUGGAGAAAAACAUAGUGCUUUUCGUCACGCACUCAGAUGGGAAGCCGCCCAAAAAUGCGCUCACUGCCAUCACUGAAGGCAAUAUUCUCUGUUCCAAAAACCAUGAGAACCAACCCGUCCACUUCUUGUUCAACAACUGCCAAGCCGAUUUGGACAAGGACUUUGAAAGCCUUCACAAAUCAGCCUGGAACCUGAGCGUGCAGAGCGUCGAGACAUUCUUCAACUUCUUGAAGAACAUUGACAAGAAAAAUCUGCGGUCCACAAGGGGUGUUCUGAGGGAACGCCAGCAGCUGGAGGUUUGCAUUAGCAACCUGGAAGAACGGAUAAAUGCCAUUAACCUGAGGGAAAGCGAAAUGGUACAGAUCGACGCAGCCAUGGAACAAAACCAGCAAGAUCUGGAAACAUGCGAGAAGUUUCAGUUCGAGGUCGACGAGCCAUACAAGGAGAAGGUCGACACCGGGAAAAAAUCCCCAAAAAUAACCUUGUGUGACACAUGCCAGGAGAACUGCCACUUCCCCCGUUGCUUCGAAAUGCUGAAAUGGUGCAGCGCCAUGAAGAAGAAGCACUGCACAGUGUGCACUGGCAAAUGCCACUACACCAAGCACUCCAAAGAGGCCAAGAUGUACGUCCAGAAGACAAGGAAGGUGAUGAGAGUCAACGAGGAGCUCAAAGCAAAGUACCAGGAGGAAUAUCAGGAGAAAGUGGAGCUAAAGAACAAAGUGGAGAGUGAGCUGGGAACCCUGCGAGUGGAGAAAUCCCAGCUGAUGGAGGAGGCCUACCAGAGCAUCCUCACCCUGGAGCGGAUCGCCCUCAAGAGCGACUCCCUCUCCACACUGCUCCAUUUGGACUUCCUGAUCGAGGUUCUGAAGGAGACCGGAAACUCAGAGAAAGUCCAGUCACUGCAGGAGCUGAAGACCUCGGAGGAAGCCAACAACUGCGCCAUGGUCUUCUUAAGAGCGGGCUUGGGAAGAAAGGAGAGGGGUAUCGUGGCAAAGCAGACAAACAACCAAGAGGCAAGUGUCCUAGAGGCAAAACAACAAGAACAGAGCAAGACUGGAAUUUAUGAGUCCCUGGCCCAGAUGAAGGCCAAACCCUUUGAGACCAUCAGUGCAGCUCAUGUCAAGCCUGGUGUCCUGGAAGCCUUGGCCCAGAUGAAAGGAAAGCCAUUUCAGACCAUCAGUGCAGGUAAAAAGAAACCUAUUGAGACCCUCACCCAGAGCAAGCUCAACAAGAUCAUGGCAAGGAUGGACGAUGAAGCUGUCUUCAUGUGA